AUGGUAAAGAAGUACAAAAAGAAAUGUCUCAAUCUUGGAUUGAAAGUAGACGGUGGCUGGGGAGAUUAUGGAGAUUGGUCGACAUGUUCAGUGGAAUGUGGAGGAGGAACACAAAAAAGAACUAGGAACUGCGACAGUCCCCUUCCAGCCAGUGGGGGAGUGGAAUGUGAGGGAGAUACUGAAGAAACACAGAGUUGUAACGAGCAAGCUUGUGCAGGGUCCGGUACAGCUGAAGCAUGCGAACAUAGCGGAAUACCUAUAUCAAUAAACUGUGGCGAGGAGAUGAUAAAUAUCAAGCAUGCGGCCUAUGGUGUAUACUCCAAUGAGAACACUUGUGGACUUUCUUAUGGUGGAGACUGUAUCUCAGAAACUUCACUUCAGGCGAUGAAGGAACGAUGUGAUGGAAAGAAUUCCUGUGCAGUAGAAGCACUAAACAGUAUAUUUGGAGAUCCUUGUGGUGGAAUUUACAAAUACUUAACUGCUACCUGGGAGUGCCAUUCAGGAUUGAAAGUAGACGGUGGUUGGGGAGAUUAUGGAGAUUGGUCGACAUGUUCAGUGGAAUGUGGAGGAGGAACACAAAAAAGAACUAGGAACUGCGACAGUCCCCUUCCAGCUAAUGGGGGAGCGGAAUGUGAGGGAGAUACUGAAGAAAUACAGAGUUGUAACGAGCAAGCUUGUGCAGGGUCCGGUACAGCUGAAGCAUGCGAACAUAGCGGAAUACCUAUAUCAAUCAACUGUGGCGAGGAGAUGAUAAAUAUCAAGCAUGCGGCCUAUGGUGUUUACUCCAAUGAGAACACUUGUGGACUUUCUUAUGGUGGAGACUGUAUCUCAGAAACUUCACUUCAGGCGAUGAAGGGACGAUGUGAUGGAAAGAAUUCCUGUGCAGUAGAAGCACUAAACAGUAUAUUUGGAGAUCCUUGUGGUGGAAUUUACAAAUACUUAACUGCUACCUGGGAGUGCCAUUCAGGAUUGAAAGUAGACGGAGGCUGGGGAGAUUAUGGAGAUUGGUCGACAUGUUCAGUGGAAUGUGGAGGAGGAACACAAACAAGAACUAGGAACUGCGACAGUCCCCUUCCAGCCAAUGGAGGAGCGGAAUGUGAGGGAGAUACUGAAGAAACACAGAGUUGUAACGAGCAAGCUUGUGCAGGGUCCGGUACAGCUGAAGCAUGCGAACAUAGCGGAAUACCUAUAUCAAUCAACUGUGGCGAGGAGAUGAUAAAUAUCAAGCAUGCGGCCUAUGGUGUUUACUCCAAUGAGAACACUUGUGGGCGUUCUUAUGGUGGAGACUGUAUCUCAGAAACUUCACUUCAGGCGAUGAAGGAACGAUGUGACGGAAAGAAUUCCUGUGCAGUAGAAGCACUAAACAGUAUAUUUGGAGAUCCUUGUGGUGGAAUUUACAAAUACUUAACUGCUACCUGGGAGUGCCAUUCAGGAUUGAAAGUAGACGGUGGUUGGGGAGAUUAUGGAGAUUGGUCGACAUGUUCAGUGGAAUGUGGAGGAGGAACACAAACAAGAACUAGGAACUGCGACAGUCCCCUUCCAGCAAAUGGGGGAGUGGAAUGUGAGGGAGACACUGAAGAAACACAGAGUUGUAACGAGCAAGCUUGUGCAGGGUCCGGUACAGCUGAAGCAUGCGAACAUAGCGGAAUACCUAUAUCAAUCAACUGUGGCGAGGAGAUGAUAAAUAUCAAGCAUGCGGCCUAUGGUGUUUACUCCAAUGAGAACACUUGUGGACUUUCUUAUGGUGGAGACUGUAUCUCAGAAACUUCACUUCAGGCGAUGAAGGAACGAUGUGAUGGAAAGAAUUCCUGUGCAGUAGAAGCACUAAACAGUAUAUUUGGAGAUCCUUGUGGUGGAAUUUACAAAUACUUAACUGCUACCUGGGAGUGCCAUUCAGCUGAAGCAUGCGAACAUAGCGGAAUACCUAUAUCAAUCAACUGUGGCGAGGAGAUGAUAAAUAUCAAGCAUGCGGCCUAUGGUGUUUACUCCAAUGAGAACACUUGUGGACUUUCUUAUGGUGGAGACUGCAUCUCAGAAACUUCACUUCAGGCGAUGAAAGAACGAUGUGAUGGAAAGAAUUCCUGUGCAGUAGAAGCACUAAACAGUAUAUUUGGAGAUCCUUGUGGUGGAAUUUACAAAUACUUAACUGCUACCUGGGAGUGCCAUUCAGGAUUGAAAGUAGACGGUGGUUGGGGAGAUUAUGGAGAUUGGUCGACAUGUUCAGUGGAAUGUGGAGGAGGAACACAAACAAGAACUAGGAACUGCAACAGUCCCCUUCCAGCCAAUGGGGGAGUGGAAUGUGAGGGAGAUACUGAAGAUAAACAGAGUUGUAACGAGCAAGCUUGUGCAGGGUCCGGUACAGCUGAAGCAUGCGAACAUAGCGGAAUACCUAUAUCAAUCAACUGUGGCGAGGAGAUGAUAAAUAUCAAGCAUGCGGCCUAUGGUGUUUACUCCAAUGAGAACACUUGUGGACUUUCUUAUGGUGGAGACUGUAUCUCAGAAACUUCACUUCAGGCGAUGAAGGAACGAUGUGAUGGAAAGAAUUUCUGUGCAGUAGAAGCACUAAACAGUAUAUUUGGAGAUCCUUGUGGUGGAAUUUACAAAUACUUAACUGCUACCUGGGAGUGCCAUUCAGGAUUGAAAGUAGACGGUGGUUGGGGAGAUUAUGGAGAUUGGUCGACAUGUUCAGUGGAAUGUGGAGGAGGAACACAAAAAAGAACUAGGAACUGCGACAGUCCCCUUCCAGCUAAUGGGGGAGCGGAAUGUGAGGGAGAUACUGAAGAAAUACAGAGUUGUAACGAGCAAGCUUGUGCAGGGUCCGGUACAGCUGAAGCAUGCGAACAUAGCGGAAUACCUAUAUCAAUCAACUGUGGCGAGGAGAUGAUAAAUAUCAAGCAUGCGGCCUAUGGUGUUUACUCCAAUGAGAACACUUGUGGACUUUCUUAUGGUGGAGACUGUAUCUCAGAAACUUCACUUCAGGCGAUGAAGGAACGAUGUGAUGGAAAGAAUUCCUGUGCAGUAGAAGCACUAAACAGUAUAUUUGGAGAUCCUUGUUGUUCAAAUGGGGGAGCGGAAUGUGAGGGAGACAUUGAAGAGAUACAGAGUUGUAACGAGCAAGCUUGUGCAGGGUCCGGUACAGCUGAAGCAUGCGAACAUAGCGGAAUACCUAUAGCAAUCAACUGUGGCGAGGAGAUGAUAAAUAUCAAGCAUGCGGCCUAUGGUGUUUACUCCAAUGAGAACACUUGUGGACUUUCUUAUGGUGGAGACUGCAUCUCAGAAACUUCACUUCAGGCGAUGAAGGAACGAUGUGAUGGAAAGAAUUCCUGUGCAGUAGAAGCACUAAACAGUAUAUUUGGAGAUCCUUGUGGUGGAAUUUACAAAUACUUAACUGCUACCUGGGAGUGCCAUUCAGGAUUGAAAGCGAUGAAGGAACGAUGUGAUGGAAAGAAUUCCUGUGCAGUAGAAGCACUAAACAGUAUAUUUGGAGAUCCUUGUGGUGGAAUUUACAAAUACUUAACUGCUACCUGGGAGUGCCAUUCAGAAAACUCAGCUGAAGCAUGCGAACAUAGCGGAAUACCUAUAUCAAUCAACUGUGGGGAGGAGAUGAUAAAUAUCAAGCAUGCAGCCUAUGGUGUUUACUCCAAUGAGAACACUUGUGGACUUUCUUAUGGUGGAGACUGCAUCUCAGAAACUUCACUUCAGGCGAUGAAGGAACGAUGUGAUGGAAAGAAUUCCUGUGCAGUAGAAGCACUAAACAGUAUAUUUGGAGAUCCUUGUGGUGGAAUUUACAAAUACUUAACUGCUACCUGGGAGUGCCAUUCAGGAUUGAAAGUAGACGGAGGCUGGGGAGAUUAUGGAGAUUGGUCGACAUGUUCAGUGGAAUGUGGAGGAGGAACACAAACAAGAACUAGGAACUGCGACAGUCCCCUUCCAGCCAAUGGGGGAGCGGAAUGUGAGGGAGAUACUGAAGAAACACAGAGUUGUAACGAGCAAGCUUGUGCAGGGUCCGGUACAGCUGAAGCAUGCGAACAUAGCGGAAUACCUAUAUCAAUCAACUGUGGCGAGGAGAUGAUAAAUAUCAAGCAUGCGGCCUAUGGUGUUUACUCCAAUGAGAACACUUGUGGACUUUCUUAUGGUGGAGACUGCAUCUCAGAAACUUCACUUCAGGCGAUGAAGGAACGAUGUGAUGGAAAGAAUUCCUGUGCAGUAGAAGCACUAAACAGUAUAUUUGGAGAUCCUUGUGGUGGAAUUUACAAAUACUUAACUGCUACCUGGGAGUGCCAUUCAGGAUUGAAAGUAGACGGAGGUUGGGGAGAUUAUGGAGAUUGGCCGACAUGUUCAGUGGAAUGUGGAGGAGGAACACAAACAAGAACUAGGAACUGCGACAGUCCCCUUCCAGCCAAUGGGGGAGUGGAAUGUGAGGGAGAUACUGAAGAAACACAAAGUUGUAACGAGCAAGCUUGUGCAGGGUCCGGUACAGCUGAAGCAUGCGAACAUAGCGGAAUACCUAUAUCAAUCAACUGUGGCAAGGAGAUGAUAAAUAUCAAGCAUGCAGCCUAUGGUGUUUACUCCAAUGAGAACACUUGUGGACUUUCUUAUGGUGGAGACUGCAUCUCAGAAACUUCACUUCAGGCGAUGAAGGAACGAUGUGAUGGAAAGAAUUCCUGUGCAGUAGAAGCACUAAACAGUAUAUUUGGAGAUCCUUGUGGUGGAAUUUACAAAUACUUAACUGCUACCUGGGAGUGCCAUUCAGAAUUGAAAGUAGACGGUGGUUGGGGAGAUUAUGGAGAUUGGUCGACAUGCUCAUUGGAAUGUGGAGGAGGAACACAAACAAGAACUAGGAACUGCGACAGUCCCCUUCCAGCCAAUGGGGGAGCGGAAUGUGAGGGAGACACUGAAGAAACACAAAGUUGUAACGAGCAAGCUUGUGCAGGGUCCGGUACAGCUGAAGCAUGCGAACAUAGCGGAAUACCUAUAUCAAUCAACUGUGGCGAGGAGAUGAUAAAUAUCAAGCAUGCGGCCUAUGGUGUUUACUCCAAUGAGAACACUUGUGGACGUUCUUAUGGUGGAGACUGUAUCUCAGAAACUUCACUUCAGGCGAUGAAGGAGCGAUGUGAUGGAAAGAAUUCCUGUGCAGUAGAAGCACUUAACAGUAUAUUUGGAGAUCCUUGUGGUGGAAUUUACAAAUACUUAACUGCUACCUGGGAGUGCCAUUCAGGAUUGAAAGUAGACGGAGGCUGGGGAGAUUAUGGAGAUUGGUCGACAUGUUCAGUGGAAUGUGGAGGAGGAACACAAACAAGAACUAGGAACUGCGACAGUCCCCUUCCAGCCAAUGGGGGAGCGGAAUGUGAGGGAGAUACUGAAGAAAUACAGAGUUGUAACGAGCAAGCUUGUGCAGGGUCCGGUACAGCUGAAGCAUGCGAACAUAGCGGAAUACCUAUAUCAAUCAACUGUGGCGAGGAGAUGAUAAAUAUCAAGCAUGCGGCCUAUGGUGUUUACUCCAAUGAGAACACUUGUGGACUUUCUUAUGGUGGAGACUGUAUCUCAGAAACUUCACUUCAGGCGAUGAAGGAACGAUGUGAUGGAAAGAAUUCCUGUGCAGUAGAAGCACUAAACAGUAUAUUUGGAGAUCCUUGUGGUGGAAUUUACAAAUACUUAACUGCUACCUGGGAGUGCCAUUCAGGUUAA